CAAAGAAACGUCAUUUUUACCGGAAGGGCGGCUUAUUUCCGAUUCAAAAUGGCGGCUGAAGUGGAGCGAAAUGCUGGUCCUAAUACAAGGCAUCUAAAGCUGCAAGGUCAUGUUGGGUUUGAUAGUCUUCCAGAUCAGUUGGUCAAUAAAUCAGUUGCCCAGGGAUUCUGCUUCAAUAUAUUAUGUGUUGGUGAAACUGGUCUUGGAAAGUCCACUAUGAUGGAUACACUAUUUAACACAGAGUUUGAAAGUGACGCUGCACCCCACACAUUGCCUGGUGUGAAACUGAGUGGCAAAACAUAUGAUCUUCAAGAAAGUAAUGUCAGACUCAAGUUGACUGUUGUAGACACUGUUGGAUUUGGGGAUCAAAUUAACAAGGCAGACAGCUACAAGUCAAUCGUAGAAUAUAUAGACCAACAAUUUGAAAAUUACCUGCAAGAAGAAUUGAAAAUCAAGAGAGCUAUUCAUUGUUACCAUGACGCUCGUAUCCAUGCCUGUCUUUAUUUUAUUGCGCCUACUGGUCAUUCAUUGAAGUCUCUAGAUUUAGUUACGAUGAAGAAAUUGGACAGUAAAGUCAAUAUCAUCCCUGUCAUUGCCAAAGCCGAUACUGUAUCUAAAGGAGAGUUACACAAGUUUAAAAUAAAGAUUAUGAGUGAGUUAGUUAGUAAUGGUGUACAGAUUUAUCAGUUUCCCACGGAUGAUGAGACAGUAGCUGAACUAAAUUCAACAAUGAAUGGUCAUUUACCAUUUGCUGUUGUUGGUAGCAAUGAAGAAGUGAAGAUUGGUAAUAAAACCGUGCGAGCAAGACAGUAUCCAUGGGGUGUUGUACAAGUUGAAAAUGAGUCACACUGUGACUUUGUUAAACUGCGCGAGAUGCUGAUACGCACAAAUAUGGAAGAUUUGAUUGAACAGACUCAUGCACGUCAUUAUGAGCUUUACAGAAGAUGUCGUCUUGAAGAGAUGGGCUUUGUUGAUAGUCAUCCAGAUGGUAAAGCAUCAAGUCUUCAAGAAACCUAUGAAGCCAAGCGAAAUGCACAUAUGCAGCAAUUACAACAGAAGGAAGAUGAGAUGAGACAAUCUUUUGUUGUCAGAGUUAAAGAGAAGGAGGCAGAACUUAAACAAGCUGAAAAAGAAUUACACGAAAAAUUUGACAGUCUCAAAAAACAGCACGCCGAGGAAAAGAGAAAACUGGAACAUCAACAGAACAAAUUGAAAGAGGAACAAGAUAAUUUUGUUAAAAGGAAAAUGAUAUAUGAGCAGGAAGUAUUAAUGGCCCAGCAAGCCGCACAGUCACAGACAAUCAAGGGCAAGAAAAAAGUGCCAGUGGAGAAUACUUGCAUGGAACUGGCCAUUCCAGCACACCGUAGUAGACCGGUUACAAAUCCUAAGAAAUGUUUGGUUUCGUGAUGAAAAUACGUAACACUGAUGAACAUGAAUGUGUCACGGUUCCACUGGUAGGGAAAGGAGGGACAGACUGACUGACUGACCGUGGUAAUAUCGGAAGAAAGUACCAGACAAUAAUUACGACGACAAUGCAAACAGUACUACCCGAAUUGAAUCUCUUUCAAAGGUGCAACGUUUCACCCCUGUGUUGUAAUGGUAUGUCCCAUAAGUUGUCCUUUGUUAGCAUCAUGGGGGUGAGAAAGAUUUAUUUCUAUGAUACAUUUGUAUUUAAUUAGAGAUGUUAUUUUCUAUUUGGUUGUCAUUUGUGUGUCCAUCACAUUUUGACCCCAUUCUAAAGUAUAUUUUGAGUACUGUGCAAUGAAUCUUGAGGAUACAGUGUGAAGUUUGGAAUCAGUGAGGAAAUAUACUUGUGCUAGUGUCUCUCCACUGUGACCUAGAAUCGUUACUCUGAUUACAUAUGCAUGUUGUGGGAGUGACAGGGUUAGUACUAAACAUAAAUUGUGCAUAAUGUCUUUUACUUCACUCUUUUUUGAAAACUUUUUAAACCAUCAAAAUUAAGUACAAAACUCAAAUUGAUUUGGAUUUCUUUAUCUUCAGCAUUAAAUUAUCUCUUCCAUAUAUACAUAUUCAAUUCAAAUCGUUAUUUUUGUACAACAAUAUUAGUGAUAAGCAUAAGUGUAAUUUUAUUUUACAGUAAUGUUUUAUUGUAUUUGUACCAUGCUUCAAUUCUAGUGUUUAUGACAUUUAAUAUAUUACAUCUUAAAAAUCUCAUUAUAAUAUACUGUUAUAAUAAGUCUGUUCAAAUGAGUCCUACAUUUUGAACCAAGCAUUGUCAAGGAGGUAAAACAUGAAAAAGUUGGUAAAAAAAAUAAACAGGUUUUGUAUCUCGUGUGCGAUAUGAGCAAAUUCACAUGCUAAUCACCAAAUACCAUAUCUCCAUCUCCAAUUAAGGAACAUGUCAACUGAAAAUUUUUUUGCUUGGAUUUUCGGUCACAUCAAAUUUAUACUGAUCCUGUUAACUUUUCUUCAUAUCACAUGUACUCUAUUACAAUAGAGCAAAUACAGUGAAGGAAUUAACUUUAAUUUGAAGCUAAAAAUGUUAUGGGAUAAUUUGUCUAGACCACUACUUAUAUUCUUCUGAUCACAACUGUGUUGAAGUUAUAAUCUCACUUGAAUGUUAUUAAUUUUAAAGCUGCCAUGUAUUGUGUAAUUCUGUUAUCUGAUAAUCAAAAGUUUUUUUUGUUUUUUUUAACUGUGUAAAAAAAUUUAUUAUAUAGAAUAAUGUUUGAGAUGUAGGCUGGUAUUAUAAUAUUGUUUUGUAUUAAUAAAUAUUGUUUUA